GUCGGGGGGCUGCGAUGCUUCGGGAGCAGAUGGAGGAGUACGUGGAGGUGAGCCGGGAGAUUGUGAAGGUCAUGAUAUCUGACAACGCUGCUGCUCCUCUGAAGAAGAGUUUGGACCGGCAGGAAGCCAUCAUCACGUCCCUCAUAGACACGGAACUCCAGGCCUCGGAUCUCAUCAGAGGUGCUCGUCCCCUUAUUGUGUCCCCCCGGGGUUUGCUCUCCAUUACAUCUGUAAAACAGAGCGCAACGUCCAAACUGCACCACAUGGAGCGCGAGCUGCAAGACGUCUCUGAGAGCAACGCUGCCAAAGAGACCAACAUCAAGUUCUUGCAGAGGGAGGUGGAGGAUUUGAAGGUCUUGGAAAAUGAAGUUAUGGAAGUGGAAAGAGAAGCUCAGGAAGACACCACGGUGGUCAUCCCCUCAGCCUUUGCAGAUUUUGUAGUCGGGGUCUUGUUUGGUGUUGGUGAUCCCACGUGGUUCUGCCGGGAGUCCGGCCUUCUGUUUGAGGUAGUUGGUGCUGCGGUCUCUGGCUCGGUGUAG